AUGUUCCGGCCUUUCUUGUCUUUUGCUACUCUGUCUGUUCAAUCACCUGCCUUGCUCACGCAACAGGCACCAAAUUUACAGACUCGGAAAGGGCUGGUAAUCCUCGGACUCCAAAACGACUUCGUUCAACCCGGCGGCAAAUUCCCCGUGCCCGUGCCGGCCGACUUCUGGUCCCGAUUAAGCACUCUCGUAACAGGCUUUCGAGAACACGGCGAUGUCCUUUGGGUACGAGCGGAAUCUUCGCCUUUCACUGUGAUCGAUGAGCCAGAUCACCUGGUCUUCAACCCUCGACAAAGGGGAAAGGAGUCAAAGCGUCGUCGCGUUUCACAUGACGGCAGCGAGACGUUGUCUCCUCCUGGUAGCAGGAAAGGCUCGACUACUUCGGAGGGGCAUGGAAAGAGCAGAAAAGGCUCAGCUACUUCUGAGAGUGCGUCUAAGAGCAGGCAAGGCUCCACCGCUUCGCAAGGAUCUACGAAAGCGAAGACUGUCGACGACGAGCUCUUCCUGUCAGCAAAUUCACACAGAGAAGCAUGCUGCCUCCCGAACUCCGGAGGCGCAGACUUGUGUCCCCAAGCUAAGGCCCUGAUCGACCGGAGAGCAGACGGCGAAAUGAUUACCUCACACUACUCCGCCUUCGAUGACGGAUCAUUGGCGCUGGCCCUGCGCUCCAAACUCAUUACCGAAGUGUUCAUCUGCGGCUGCCCUACGAAUUCGCUGGUAUACGCAACUGCAAUGGACGCCGGUCGAUAUGGUGUACACGUCAACCUGAUCGAUGAUUGUCUCCUUGCUCGACGCCCAGAAUUACACAGCCCGGCCAUUGAGGAAUUACGGGAGCUCGUGAUGGCCGAUGUCAGGAGCAGCACCGAGGCGUUGGACAGAUUGGCUCACCCGUCGCGUUACGCUUCUGAGGAUGAAGCCACUGGAGGAGAAGAGAGCGACAUCGAGCACGAUCACGCAGGCACGCCCAGGGACGGUUUCAAGGUAGAUCGGGACCAAACUAGAAGGCAUGAUCUCCCCAACCGAGAGCAACGGGAGCGUGCACUGGAAGCGGAUAGCGAGGACUCCGACUCCCCCAGCAUGGCACUUCCUCCUCGUCGGCUUUCUGCACAGGUGCAGGAGGGACUGCGCGAUUUCAGCUUCGAACCUUCGCCGGCGCAUCGCUCGCUGAAGGCUACAACGGAUUUGCUACAGCAGGCCAUUGCCGCGAGCAAAUUGGGGACAAGUCACUCUGCCUCGAGAAGUGCGAGAGGCGAACGGGGCCCUGAAGAAAGAAGACGAGCGAUGCCAACCCAGCGCCAUCGAGACGGUGUACAUGAGCAUGCUAAGAGCCACAAGACGUCCAGAGACCAAGCACGAGACGCUCCUCCGACUCACAAUAGAAUCAGACAGCGCGACAGAAAGGCUGCCACAGGGCAUCAUCGAUCCCUUCCUCAACCGCUAUUCGGCGAAGGCAAGGCCUCCGAAAGCGCCGGCUCGACCAUGCUCCACGACUUCCUUUCCCCCGAGCUGUCCGAAACAGUCUUCGAUACGCUUUACAAAGAAGUCAACUGGCAAAGCAUGCACCACCAAACCGGCGAAGUGCCCCGCCUCGUCAGCUGCCAAGGCAGCAUUUACCAAGACGGCAGCAAACCCAUCUACCGCCAUCCAUCCGACGAAUCCAUCCCCCUCGAGCCCUGGACGCCAACAGUCGAAGCCAUCCGCCAAGCGGCAAAAGACCAAGUCGGCCACCCGCUGAACCACGUCCUCAUCCAGCUCUACCGCGGAGGAACAGAUUACAUCUCCGAACACUCAGAUAAGACGCUCGACAUCGCGCAAAACUCGUACAUCGUGAACGUCUCAUUUGGCGCGCAGCGCACCAUGCGCCUCCGCUCGAAACGGAGCAGUAGCGCGGGCAACAACGACAAACCCGCUCCCCGCACUACCCACCGCGUCCCCAUGCCGCACAACUCCCUGCUCAAAAUGAGCCUGGCGACGAACGCGGAGUACCUGCACGGCAUCAACGCCGACAAGCGGCCCGGCGUGGAGCUGCAGGAGGCAGAGAAGGCGUACGGCGGCGCGCGCAUCAGUCUUACGUUUCGACACAUCGCGACGUACUUGAACCGCGACUCGACGCUGAUAUGGGGCCAGGGGGCGACGGCGAAGACGAAGGAAGAGGCUUGUCCUGUUGUUAAAGGGGAUGUCUGGGAGAGCGAGAAGUUGGUGCGUGCGUUUGGGGCGGAGAAUCAGGCUUCUGCUAUGCGGUGGGAGGAGGUCUAUGGCGAGGGAUCGAAUGUUUUGCAUUUGAAGUGA